UCAAAAUGGGGGGUGGUAGUCGAUGCAAUAUAUGCACUACCUAAGUCGGCCUUCAGAGGGCGACAUUGCCCCGCCUCUUCCCCUUCAUUUCCAUGUAGAAAAAUGGCGGAGCGGAGCUGCGGAGGCUGCAUCGGCUGAGCUGCUUCAAACACCAUUCACGGGCACUCAGUCGUCACGGACGGGGGCCACCGUGUCGCGAGGGCACUGCCACAGGAGCGGGGCGAGGUUCAUCUCCCUUCCGGCGGAGGUUUUCAUUUAUUGUUUUUCCUCGAAGGGGAGGCGCUGGAGCCGAGUGAGGAGCCACGAAAACAAGUCAUGAACGGGGAUAUUGUUUGCAAUUCACUUACUGUCUUAAGCCACACCAAGUCCGCAUCACCAGGUCAGGAUGAAAAGAGGAUCAAGCUGACACAGGAAGGGAGAUGCCCUCCAAUAAUCUCACAGCAAAAUGAAGCUCAGUGGCAGGGAGAGGGCUGGAGAACACAUACCAUCGCUACACCUAAAGACGCAAAGAGCCAGUGUUCACCGUUCUGGACAGAUGAACAACCGUCACCUCCGCAGCUCUACUGCCCUCAGACCUGCCUUCGUUCCCCUACCGAAACCUCCCUGCCUCUCGGCAACAGCCUAUGCCACACUCUCCUCCUCACUGGCAAUGGCAGUGCACGCCGCAGUCACAAGAGGAGAGAUGUCCGCCCCAAGAUCGGGGGAAAGAAACCAUCUCGACGAAUUGCAGCUGGGAUGAACUCCCAAAACCGAAAGGUUACUGACUACUAUCCUAUAAGACGAAGCUCGAGAAAAAGUAAAAUGGCUUUAAAGUGUGAACAGAAGCAGCUCAUAGACGAUCUCAUCACAAAUGGAAUAGAGGAAGGAAUGGAGGUGCAACAUAUAGAAGGAAAGGGGAGAGGAGUGUUUGCCACUCGGUGUUUCGAGAAAGGCGAGUACGUGGUAGAGUACCACGGAGACCUGCUGCAGAUCACCGAUGCCAAGAAGAGGGAGGCCGAAUACGCUCAGAACCCUGCCACUGGCUGCUACAUGUACUACUUCCAGUACCUCUGCAAAACAUACUGUGUAGAUGCCACUAAAGAGUCUGAUCGAAUGGGUAGGUUGAUAAAUCACAGUAAAAAUGGAAACUGCCAAACCAAACUCCACGACAUCAACGGUGUCCCUCACCUCAUCCUUGUCGCCUCCCGGGACGUCGACGAAGGCGAGGAACUGCUCUAUGACUAUGGAGACCGCAGUAAAGCCUCUAUCGCAGCUCACCCAUGGCUCAAGUUCUGAAUGAGGGGGCCUCCAAAAAAAAGGGAAACAUACAGUAACACUUGUGUUUCUCAUUUGCUAGUGUACAAAUUGCCUUAGAAACAGAAUGUGUCCCCUUUUUGUUCCAAUACCAAGGAAGCUGGUUGGGUUGAGUAGCUGUUCAAGGAGCUGGAGGGUUGAUCGGGUACUUAUCAUGUUUUCGAUUGAUGGGUCCAUCUGCCAAGUCAGAUGACGUGUAGUUUUAUUUAUAUGUGUAUAUGAGGCAUUCUAGUUGUUUUGCAGCACAUUUAUUUUGUACAUUUUUGUAUUUCCUAUAGACCAAUGCUUCUACAGCAUGCAGGUGGUAGUUGACGCUCUGCAUUUUUAUACAGCUUUUUCUUAAUUAGUGGUUAGAUACUUAGCAAUACUUCUAUUUAUGGCCCCAGAACUCCUUUAAAUCAGCGAGAAUUAUGGGAUGCAAAUGACAAAGCCUUUUUAAAGACAUAUUCUGUGGAAUUUUAAUUUCAGCCAUUAAAAUCACACAACCUUCCAUUGUUUAGAGGGAGUGUAAUAGUUCACCACACCCAUGGUUCAGGAGGAAUUGUGGCUACUGAGUACAUAAAACAGUUGAUUCAAGUAUUAUAUUUUCAAAGUUGGAAAUAACAGUGUUCAACAAACACUUUCCUCCUGUUUUCAUGCCCUUUGCUAUUCUUUAGCACAAAUCUUUUAAUAUUUUAGGUGCAUAUUUGAAUUCAGUGUUCAAAUAUCCAGGGGAGUGCAGACAGUUUUACAUUUGUUUCUUUAAAGGCAAAUAAAUUAAAGUUUAUCAAUCAAUGAACUGGGUAUUAUGAUUAUGUAGUCAGUGUUUUCAGAAGUGAGGUCUCCUUUUGGAUUUCUCUUCCAAGGAAUUCUUUAUUACUGCGCUUUGUAAAUAUAUUUAUUGGCUUGUGGUUGCAAAGUUGGGGGCGAUUUCAAGAAAAGGUUUGACUUUUGGGAAAUAUGUUUGAGUUCAAUUUGAAGUUCAUUUUCUGUUAAUCUUUUGAACCUAAAAUUCACUUAUAGUCACAAUAAUUGGUUAUAAAGUAAUCUAUCUAUCUAUCUAUCUAUCUUAUGUUCUGUGGCUGAAUUAGUUUAGACGAAGGUAAAGAGGAACAGCUAAGCUUUCAGUCAUAUUUAACGUUCACAAAACCACUGACCAACAAAAUAUAUGCAAGCUAAAGAAAGAUUUAUCACAUUUAUCACUGAGCUAUGAACCAACAAACAUUUUGAAAAGGAAAACUAUACUCAGUGUCUACAUUAUAAGGUAUAUCAGUAAUCUCUAAUGCAAUCUUAUACACCAGCUCAUCCAUAAACUCUCCCUUUACAAAGGUAAUAACUCUCUGUGUUAAUAUCACUGUAUUUUUAUUAUUGAAGUUGCAGUUUUAGAGCAGUCUUGAGACUCCAAGUUGUGUUCCCCUCAUUUACAAACAAGAGGAUAGAUUACAUUACAAAACAUUGCAGUCCAGUUGAACACCACUGUAAACUACAGCCUUUAUAAUGAAUAAAUAGUUGAAUUACCACCUUUCAGACGGUGUCUAUUAUAAAGCUAUUAUCUAAAUGUAGAAUUAAUGGUUAUUAUGAGCUCAGGAGCAGCAGAAUCAUUGGAAUAUAGUUUUGUUUUGUGUAGAGGGAAACUUGGUCGACAAACAAAAGCAUCAAAUCUGAGUCCUGGGCUGCUUCCAGCCUUUCGGCUAAGCUAAGCUAACUGUAGCUUCAUAUUUAGCAAGACUGCUAUCAGUGUUUUAAUUUAACUCUCUCCAAGAAAGCAAAGAAACAUGCUUCCCAAAAUGUCAAAUUAUUCAUUUAAAAGUAAGCAGGCUAAUGUAUCUAGAGGGAAAACACAUGAAUUUAAUGCUCACUCAAUAGCAGACAUGGGUCUGAUGGACUGGUGCACUCCCUCUAUAUAACAUAGAAUUUCUACACAUCGGGGGGUUUUGAACCCACAAAGCUGUCGUCUUUUUCACAACCCGAUAUUUAAUGUGAAAAGUUAUAAUUUAUAAUUUAGUUUAUUUAAAGCUGAACUGCCAACAGGUCCUUUUUGUUUUACUUGACAUUUUAUCAGUUUUUCCAAUGUAUUACUGAAGCCAGAAGAUCCCCGAGUUCUGUCACACACAAUCACUUACUCGAAAUGUUUGAUCCUGUUUCUCUUUUCAAUUAACCAGAAAACCACUUUUUCUAUAUACUUUGGCUUCAAAUGGCUUUGAAGCAAUUGACCAUACAUCAUUAUAUCUGAAAAUUAUUGUUGUUAAUCAACUAAUCAACUAAUUGUUUUAACCCCUUAUAAAAAAGAAUCAGUAUUUUACUUUGUUUAUCCCACUUCUUUGGUCGUAUAUUAUGUUACCACAGAAAAAUGGCCACAUGCUGUUUAGCAGCGGUGAUGUUGAUCCUUACCGGAUAACCCAUUGGAAAGGAAGCAGCAGAAUCCUCUGCCGGUCACUGGGGACGGUUUAAACUACAACAAUGUGUUUUAAAGGAAAAGACGGGUGAGAUUCUAUGUUUUCUGAAGCUGUCAGAAAAUCUAAUGAAAAGACUCAAACCAACAAUGUGUUAGUUCAUUUCACAUUAGUUUUUCAACAAACAGAUGAAAUUGUGCAUUUGUUGGGGACUAUUUUCAGUAGCGGAUUAAUCCACAUUUGGUGCUGUAGUGAGUAUAUGUGGCAGCCGGGCAGGGUGUGUGGGACUGAGUCUCAAUGAAAGAGCCAGUACAGCAGUGACUCAUGGUGUGUUUGUAACGGUUUAUUGCUGAUAAAAAAAAUUGUUGAUGUCUUUUCAUGGGAGUUACUCAGUCAGAAAUACAUUUGAAUAUCACCCGUCUCCUUUCAACAUUUGUUCGACAUAAGUCAUCAUUUGAAUAUAUUGGUUCAGCACAAGUACGAUGAAUUUGAAUGAAUUUGUGUUGCCAUUUACAUAUUUUUUCUGUCUCCCAGUGAAAUGUCUCAGCAGACAUGGACUUACGCAUCUUCACUUCUUCUAGCAGGGUAACACAUGAAUUCAUUCACUUGUGGUGUCUGUAGUAUGAUGUAAGUUUGAGUAGUUUAAUGUAAUUGUUUCGCGGAUCCCGGGGCUCCGUCUUAAUAGGAAUAGUUUCACAGUUUGGGAAGCUCACUUAUUUGCAUUUUUGCCAGAGUAGAGGAGAAUAUUAUUUUAUUUCGUUAUUUAUAAUUUCCGUUGCAGCUAACGUGGGACUUGACCAAAUGAUAUCCAUCCUCUUUUCGUACAUCCCUUAAUCAAGAGAGGACAACUGCGGUUCUUAAAGUUUUCCAAAUAUUCAGUAUAUUAUUGAAUUCCAGGAUUCUUUUGAUUCCAUAUUUCAAUAUCAUUCAAACACUAAAAGUAUCAUCAGUGUUAAAUCGAGGAGCCCAUGUGAGAAAGAGAGGUUUAGGAAAUACACUGUGUGUAAAAAAUAAAAGUCCAUUUCCUUCUUCCCGUACAUGUUCCCCUUCACCUCUUACAGUAGCAUUGUGUUGAAAGUGUGAAAUGUUUUCAUAUGAGCCUUUCUUAAACAAAUAUCUUCUGGGUUAUUUCAUGUUUUUCUAUGUAGAACUAAUGCAAUAAUAUCUGAGGGAAAGAACUGACCUGUUGGCCAUUUUAGGACAUAAUAAAUCUUUGCUGUUGUAGCUUUGAAUAAAUCAUAAUGCUGGGGUGAAGGCAUCGAUGAAUAAAGAUGUGUUAUGCAAGUAA